CCAGACCGUUUCCUACAGAGGUGGAAGAACUCAUGAUUGACCUCCUCUCGGACCAUCCUCGAGCGCUGUGCGGUUGUUCUCUGACUUGCCGCAGAUGGUUCCCGCGCAGCCGCUAUCGCCUACUCUGCUCAGUGUCGAUCAAAUCGAGGGCGGGACUCGCGUCCCUCUGCAAGUUGCUCGACAGCCACCCCCUUUACCGGACGUGGAUCUGCUCGGUGGCAGUGACGCCGAUCGUCGAAGAGGAGGCGCUGCUGCUCUCCGGAGUCUUCCCCACACCGCUGCUGUCCACCCGGCUACCUAAUCUACGCCGGUGGGAUAUUAUACACCGCGCGUCCCGCUCUCGCAUCCCCUCCAACGAGCAGAGCCUUUCGUUCCACAAAGCGACCCUCACGCAGCUUCAAUGCUAUUCUUCGUCUAUCGAAGAGCUGCGACUCAGCGCCCUUCGAUUCACGUCCGCUGCAGAACUUAUGCGCCUCGUCGGAUCCUUCCCGUGCCUUCGUUGUUUAGCAUGGGACGACAUCGGCUUUGACUCGGGGCGCGAUCACUUGCACGAGGCGAAUAGACUCCUUGCUUAUCGGCGACUAGGAGGUCUGACCACGUUGGACGUCAGCAUUGGGUUACAAAACGCACCUAUCAUCAAUUUCAUCCUCGAAGUCGUGCACUCUACUCUCAGAGCGCUCAUCCUUCGUCAGCCGAAGGAUGCCGAAUGGACAUCUGCGCUUCCACCCAGAGUGAAUGAGCCAUCCCUGCGUCGACUCGGCGCCCUCACCUUGCACAUGAAUCACAACUCCGACGUCGCGGCAGUCCCAUUCGAUUGGCUUCCCUUGUUGUCUGAGGCGUUCCGGACGCUCCAAACAUUCGACUGCGCUUCCACGUUAACAACGUUC